AUGGAAAAUGCCUUCAACAUCAGCAAAAAUCUGGUCCUCCUUGGACUUGUGGAGAUGGAAGAACUAAGAUAUCUGUACUGCGUCCUGUCUAUUAGUCUAUAUUCAUUUAUUCUACUCUUGAGUGUUAUUAUUGUGUUUGUCAUAUUCACAGAUACUACGUUACACGAACCCAUGUACAUCCUCAUAAGUAAUCUGGUCCUCAAUGGAAUUUUUGGCAGCUCGUCCUUUUUCCCAAAGUUGAUAGUCGACCUCAUGACCUCGUCUACGACCAUCACUCAUGGCAACUGUGUUGCUCAAGCUCUGUGUGUUGCCUUAUUUGCCUUCUAUGAAAUGAACACCUUCACCAUAAUGGCGUAUGACCGAUAUUUGGCCGUUUGUCACCCGCUGCACUAUGGCAUGUUGGUAACCAAUGAGAGGAUUAUAAACCUUACCAUUGGGUCCUUUCUAGUGACCUUCAUACUUUCACUCAUAGCCGUGCUCCUCACAUCCAAGCUUCCUCUUUGUGGCAACUUAAUAAACAAUAUUGUUUGUGACAAUAUGUCGAUUGUUAAUCUCUCCUGUGUGGACUCCUCCGUCAGUCAACUUUUCUCCGCUUCUGCAUCCGCCGUCUACAUCUGUGUCACCAUCUUGGUCACCGUUUUCUCCAAUCUUCAGAUAUUUGUUGUCUGCUCGAAACUCUCUGGAGAAUCACGUCAGAAAGCCGUCCACACCCUGGUCACCCAUCUACUCAACUUCUCUGUCUUUUUUGUUGGACUUUUCUUCAUUUUUAUCAGGUACAGGCUGGUCGGUGUUAAUCUCCCGGUUAUCAUCCACAUACUCUUCUCUGUCACUCCUCUCCUUGUGCCACCAUUGUUCAACCCUUUGAUCUAUGGAGUCCGGACACAUGUGCUGAAAAUCAGACUUUUUCACAGAUGGCAUCAAGUUAGCAUCCAAAAUUUGCUGAAAUUUUAUUGAAUCCAUUUUUCCUUCUACUCGUGAGAUGUUCCCUGUGCCACUGGCUGCAAUACAACCCCAAAGCAUGAUUGAUCCACCCCCAUGCUUAACAGUUGGACAGAGGU